AUGUUAGCAGCUUUAGUGGAGCAGCUGAAGAAGACUGGACUCCAAGCUGCUCCUGCUGACCACUGCUAUGCUGGACCUGAAGAUGUGUCCUGUGAUGUCUGCUCUGUGAGAAAACUGAGAGCCAUCAAGUCCUGUUUGGUCUGUGUGGCCUCUUACUGUGAGAGACACCUUCAACCUCAUUAUGAGUCACCUCCAUUAAAGAAGCACAAGCUGGUGAAGCCCUCCAAGAAGCUCCAGGAGAACAUCUGCUCUGUCCAUGAUGAGGUGAAGAAGCUGUUCUGCCGCACUGAUCAGAAAUCCAUCUGUUCUCUCUGCUCUGUGGAGGAGCAUAAAGGCCACCACAAAGUGUCAGCAGCAGCAGAAAGGACUGAGAGGCAGAGAGAGCUGGAGGGGAGGCGGCAACAAAUCCAGCAGAGAAUCCAGGACAAAAAGCAAGAUGUGGAUCUGCUCCAGCAGGAGGUGGAGGCCAUCGAUCAGUCUGCUGACAAAACAGUGGAGGACAGUGAGAAGAUGUUCACUCAGCUGAUCCAUCUCAUCCAGAACAGACGCUCUGAUGUGGAGCAGCAGGUCAGAUCCCAGCAGCAAACUGCAGUGAGGGGAGUCAAAGAGCUUCAGCAGGAGCUGCAGCAGGAGAUCACUGAGCUGCAGAGGAAAGACGCUGAGCUGCAGCAGCUCUCACACACAGAGGACCACAUCCAUGUCACAGAUGAGGAAUGA